AUGAAGUUCCAGUAUAAGGAAGAGCAUCCGUUCGAGAAGCGAAAGGCUGAAGGCGAUAAAAUCCGUCGCAAAUAUCCGGACCGUGUGCCCGUCAUCGUGGAGAAGGCACCGAAGGCUCGCAUCGAUGAUCUGGAUAAGAAGAAGUAUCUAGUCCCAUCCGAUCUGACCGUAGGCCAAUUUUACUUCCUGAUCCGCAAACGAAUCCAUUUGCGCCCGGAAGAUGCACUAUUCUUCUUUGUAAACAACGUCAUUCCGCCGACGUCGGCCACUAUGGGAUCGCUGUAUCAUGAGCAUCACGAGGAGGACUACUUCCUCUACAUUGCUUACUCGGACGAAAACGUGUACGGCAGUACCAACAACGACAGCAACUAA